CCCUUUUGUUGGCCUCUGAUGUGCUUUACACAUCUGUUCACUGAAAGUUGUCUUUGGAGGUGUGCGUCCCGUGAGGUUGUACGCAGAAGCAAAGCCAAGAUUUGAAGAUGAUGAUGAUGAAGGUGGGGUUGCCCUUCUCUCUUCUUUCUAUCUGGCUCAGCUUCGGUAGUGCUGAUGCGAUGAGUUUGAAGGAGCCGCAGAUUUGCUACAUCUUGGACGCGGUUCUGCUCAUCUAUGGGAUCGUUCUCACGGUCCUGUACUGCAGAAUGAAGAUGCGAAGCAAACAAGCAGAAAAACGUGCAGGGAAGAAAGAAGGCGGCGAAGGCGUUUAUGAGGGUCUCAAGCCUCACAAUCAGGACACGUACGAGACCAUCAAAAUGAAAAAAGGCAAAAAAUGAGACUCGAGGCUAAAGGAGGAAAGCAAGUUUCUGGACUGGUCAUCUUAAGCAUGUCUCUGUAAAUAAGCUCUCAUAAGAAUAUUUUGUUUAUACUGAAAUAACUUUUGGUAAUCACUUGCAUCAGGCUUUUUGUUUGCUGUUACUUUGGCAGGCAGACACCGAUAAUCAAACGAUUGUGUGAUUAUUCUAUUUGUUUAAUAUAGUUUAGUUUUAAUUUUUUUUGAUGAAUGUAUCUUUGUUUGCUUUUAAACUACAUUUGAAGCUUCUGAGAUGUCUACCACAGCUGCGUGUCACUAUUUUUCGAGGCUAACUUCCUGCUCUAGCUUCAACAUGCCACCAACAAACACCACAGAGUCCGAGUCAUUUCCUGUUUUAAAGAGUACAUGAGUGGUCUGACAAAAAGUGCAUCUGACUUUGACCACAGGUGUGAGAGAUGGAAACAGAGCUGCGUUUGGUUGUAUACGUGUGGAGGCCUUUUCUUUCCACUGGUUUAAUAAGCACUCAUAUUGUUCUGCUGUGUGGCGCAAUACAUUUUUUCUGCUACACGUGACUUCUGAGAAAACAAUUAUGAAAAAAAAAAAAUAUAUAUAUAUAUAUAUAUAUAUAUAUAUAUAGCAUUGAUGGUCAGAAUUUAUUUACAUUUAUUAUGAGUAUUUAAUUAAAUAUGUUCAAAAUGUAAUUAUUUUGUCCAGUUAUGCUUACAUGUUUUUUGUUUUUUUUGGGGUGGCCAAAAUCUCAUACUGUCAUCACGAAAUGGUUUCAUUUCCUUUCCAGAGAAUAAUCAGUUUCAGUUCUUACAUUUGCAGAUAGUGAUGAUGAUACCCAGUCCUACUCUUCUUGUAUAAUGACAUUUCCAGGUUUUAUUUUAUUUUGUCAAAAUAAAAUUUUUUCUAAGAAUAUUAAACGGACAUUUUUUUGGACCUUUUGAAAAUUACAAAAAAAUGAAAUGUU